CCACGUACCCAACUACAACAAUCAUUUUUAUUUUCUUUCAUUGCCACUUCAAUUUCUUCUUUUACUUUCUUAAACCUGAAGACAUCACCAAAACAAUCACUUUCUUAGUCCCAGAUUUCUCGCCUAAUUCUUCGGGAAUCCUUAUUUCAGUUUUUGGGAGCUGUGAGUAUGAAUUGAAGGAGAUUUAGUGGAAGAGAUGAAUGUGAGCCAUGCCUCGGUUCACCCAGUGGAAGAUCUACCGACCACGGACGGAGGCGGAGGCGGCGGCAACAACAACGAGGUGCCAAGAGUGAGGAUGAAGGAUAUUCAAGGAAUGCCUGGUACGCCAGGAGGGCUCGCGUUGAGGAUAUGUCAGUUUGUUUUUGCAGUUAUGGGACUUUGUAUUAUGGCAACCACUAGUGAUUUUCCAUCAGUUACAGCAUUUUGCUACCUUGUUGCUGCCACUGGUUUGCAGAGUUUGUGGAGCUUAUCGCUAGCUAUUAUUGACGUUUAUGCCCUUUUAGUGAGGCGUUCCAUGCAGAAUUAUCAUGUUGUUAGUCUGUUUACUAUUGGUGAUGGGAUCACAUCCACUCUGACAUUUGCUGCAGCUUGUGCUGCUGCUGGCAUUACCGUUCUUAUUGACAAUGAUCUUGAUAGCUGUGCACAUAACCAUUGCGCACAGUUUGAAACUGCUACAGCAAUGGCCUUCACUAGCUGGUUUACUGCAUUACCUUCAUUUCUCUUGAACUUUUGGUCACUGGCAUCCCGAUAAAAGGGAACAUGAAAAAUUUGAAGUAGAAUGAGUAAACAGGUAGUUUUAGAAUGCCAUGUGAAGCAUUUUCUUAUGCUAAGUAUAUUUCCUUGUAUCAUUCUCAAGUGCUUUGAAAACAAAAACUCGGUUGUGUUAUUUUAAAGUUGUAUAGUUUGUUUUGUAAAUCAGGCUGCGAGACAAGUAUCUGGGAAUAGCAUUAUCAAUACUAUUUGCUUUAAUAUACACUUUUGGAGAUGGAAUGAUUGGAUCAUAUUAAUGUCAACAUGUAUUUUUUUUAAAAUACUAUUAGAUUG